AUGGAUGUCCGUGAUAUGUCGGAGGCUUCGGCUGCUCCGAGCGACGACUUGAAGCUGGCUAACCGCUUGAACGAGAGUCGGAGUCCGUAUGUCCGCGGCCAUAUGAACAACCCCGUAGCAUGGCAGAUGUGGGGACCGGAAGCGAUAGCUCUAGCAAAGAAAUCGAACAGGCUCAUCUUCAUCUCCAUUGGAUAUGCCGCCUGCCACUGGUGCCAUGUCAUGGAGCGCGAGUCCUUCGAGAACGCUGAAGUCGCUGCCCUCCUCAAUUCCUCCUUCAUCCCCAUCAAGAUCGACCGCGAAGAGCGCCCCGAUGUCGACCGCAUUUACAUGAACUACGUUCAAGCCACCACGGGUUCCGGAGGCUGGCCGCUCAACGUCUUCAUCACUCCCGACCUAGAACCAAUAUUCGGCGGUACAUACUGGCCUGGCCCCGGCGCAACCAUGGCAAUGGGCGAUCAUAUUGGUUUUGUCGGUAUACUCAAGAAGAUCAGCGACGUAUGGAAAAACCAGCGGCAGCGGUGUCUGGACUCGGCCAAGGAUAUCACGGCACAGCUGCGCGAGUUUGCUCAGGAUGGCAGCAUCAGUCGUAGGGAAGGCGCCGCGUCUGAUCCUUUGGAUCUAGAGCUUCUUGAGGAAGCGUAUGACCACUUUACGGCGAAGUACGACACUCACUACGCCGGCUUUGGGGGCGCACCAAAGUUUCCUACGCCUGCUAACCUGAGUUUCCUGUUGAAGCUUUCCCAAUAUCCCAACGCCGUUGCCGAUGUCGUAGGUGCGAAGGAGUGCACUAAAGCGAAGGAUAUGGUGUUGUCGACUUUGUCGGCCAUGAACAAGGGCGGCAUCCACGACCAGAUCGGGAACGGAUUUGCGCGGUACUCGGUCACGCGGGACUGGAGUCUCCCGCACUUUGAGAAGAUGCUCUAUGACCAGGGACAGCUUUUACCCGUUUACCUCGAUGCGUACCUCCUGACCAGAAACCCGGAGCACCUCGCCGCCGUCCACGACAUCGCGACCUACCUGACAACGCCUCCUAUGCACUCCACUACGGGCGGCUUCUUCUCCGCUGAAGACGCCGAUUCGUUGUACCGACCUGCUGAUAAAGAGAAGCGAGAAGGCGCUUUCUACGUAUGGACACUAAAGGAGUUUCAGAGCAUACUAGGGGACCGUGAUACGGAUAUCCUUGCGCGAUACUACAACGCCAAGGACGAAGGCAACGUCAGCCCCGACCACGACGCGCAUGACGAGCUCAUCAAUCAGAGUGUGCUAGCCAUCAGCAGCACCCCUGCCGAUCUAGCGAAGGAGUUCGCGCUUUCCGUCGAAGAGGUCGAAAAGAUCUUAGCGGAAGGGCGUAAUAAGCUCCUGGAGCACAGGAACAAAGAGAGGCCAAGACCUGCAUUGGAUGACAAGAUUGUGGUUUCUUGGAAUGGCCUGGCUAUCGGCGCAUUAGCCCGCACUGCCUCCGUGCUCUCCUCAUCAGACAAAUCGAAAUCGACAGAGUAUCUCAAGGCUGCCGAGAGUGCCGCAAAGUUCAUCAAGAAGGAACUCUAUAACUCCUCUGAGCACACACUGCUCCGCGUAUACCGAGAAGGCCCAGGUGUCGUCCAAGGCUUCGCGGAUGACUAUGCGUACCUUAUCUCGGGGCUCAUCGACCUCUACGAGGCGACCUUUCAAGAGUCGUAUCUCCAGUGGGCUGACAAUCUCCAGAAGACGCAGCUCAAAUUGUUCUGGGACAGCGACCAUCUUGGCUUCUUCUCGACUCCCGAAAACCAAAACGAUCUGAUCAUGCGGCUCAAGGACGGCAUGGACAACGCCGAGCCCGGCACCAACGGGGUAUCAGCACGCAAUCUCGACCGUCUCGGCGCGCUGUUGGAAGAUGAGGAGUACGUCAAGAAGGCUAGAGAGACAGCAUCAGCAUUCGAAGCCGAGAUCAUGCAGCACCCGUUCCUGUUCCCGAGUAUGAUGGAUUCUGUCGUCGCCGGCAAGCUGGGCCUUAAGCACGUCGUAAUCACGGGAGAAGGCGAGCAGGUAGAAGAGUGGCUACGGCGACACCGCGAGAGGCCUGCUGGGCUGAGCACUGUUAGUCGCAUCGGCAAGGACCUGGGCGAGUGGCUCAAGCAGAGGAAUCCGCUCGUCCAGAGCAUGGAUGCGAGCAAAGAGGGUGUCAUGGUGUGCGAGCAGGGCGCUUGUAGGGAGGAGCUGGACAUAAGCAUGGCGAGUAUAGGAGAUGCUAUCAAGGAUGUUAGCGAACGGUGA